AUGGCUGUCGCUCCCGCGAGUGCAUGCUCCUCGUCGUCAGCUGAGCACCCGUCGUUCGCGGAAGUCCUGAGCAUCUGGAGGAAGCGCGACGAGGUUGCGCAGUCCCGCGCGAAAGUUGACCUGCCGCUGAGCUCCGCGACUGCAUGCGCGGCGCCUUGUGAGCCAACUGUUGAAGUUGAAGGGACGGUGAAGUCCACUUUUGAGUCGCCUUCGGAGUCGACUUACCAGGCGAUUUCCGAGGAGAUCUCGACUUGUGAAUCGACCAAGCUGCAAGUGACGCUGAGCUCCGCGCCUGCUGCAGAGGAGGAGGAGACGGAGGAGGAUCUGAGCAGUGACUGCGACCAAACGAGCGCUGGCAGCAACGACAGCAAGGAGACGGUUUCUGUCAGGUUUUCUGUCAGCAAGACGUCAUGCGCGAUAAACAUUGUCCUCCUCGCAGCUCUCGCCGUCACCCUCGCACAGCCCAGCCUCUCCCCUAUAUCCUUCCAAGCUUCAGGCGGACCAAGGCUUGACAAUACCGCCGAAGCUGGUGGUGAGCCUUGGGAGGCCCCGCAACCAGGCAGCAGCAGCAGCUUCGGAAAUGGCGAGAAUGGCGAUAUCGAGGUGCGAGUCGAACGGACCCACAUCAAUGUGAAGGAGUCCAGCGAGGAUGUUACGAACCGCGCACCUGCUAAUAGCGAGAACGGGAACGUUUCCCGUGAGGCCAAGCAGGGACCUGAGUUCGACGAGGAGGGAUAUGUAUCUCGUGAUUCGUUACAAGCAAUAGCGAGCGACGUGGCUGUUAACGGGACGGUGGUGGUGCUCGUUACAAACAUCGGGUACGCGGACUUUCUGCUCAACUGGGCCGUGUACGCGGACGAACUGGGUUACGGGCGGCGCUUCCUUGUGUUCGCGGAAGAUUCCGAGAGCUUCCAGCUGCUGUCAACGAAGUUUCCGAGACAGGUGCUGCGGUGGCACGUUCCCGAGAUAGAGCAGGCAGGCGCUGCGGAAUUGAGAGCCGCGGGAAUAGGCGAUGGGGGAGGGGAGGGCGCGCACCCGGGGGAAGCAGAAGUUGGCGCUGAGGAACGGGCGGACGCGGGCGUCAAAGAGCUGCCGGAUUCCGUCAAUUUCAACGCCACGGGCACGUACCCCAUGGCGCGAGCGUCUGCGAAUGUGCUGACGGCGAAGCUGUGCGGCGGGUUUGUGUUCCUCCGGAGCUCCCCAGGCGGUCAUCUGGUCCUCGACGCCUGGUCGCUGAAAAUCGCUCAUGCGCCGCGAAUCCGCGGCAACGAAAACGACCAGUUUUACCUCGGCGCGGCUAUAAGCGAUGUGAUAAAGACGAGUCCGGCGCCGUUGGUGGGAGUGCUGCCGCAGAAGCUGUUUCCUCCUGGGUGGUUGUUUUUCAGAGGGGAUAGCAACAUGCCGCCUGGGACCCGGGAAGGGCCGUGGUGGCGAUUGGACGAGGAGGAGAAGGCGAGGGUGGUGACUGUGCACAACAACUGGCUCAUGGGGAAGAGUAAGAAGCUGGCGCGGUUCAAGAAGAAUAAGCUGUGGAAACUCGAGGAGGUGUGA